AUGUUAGCCGAACAUAUACUCAAAGUUGCAAGUCUCGAAGAAGAGCCUCUGUUCCCACAGUUUCGCGAUCUACCACCAGAGCUUCGUCUACAAGUCUGGAGAUACGCUCUCCCGAAUGGUCGAACGCUCAAGGUUAGGGUGGAUGCAUAUGAUGACACACUCGCAUCUCUUCAGGGAAACUUCUCAGCUAUUCCAACCAUCUGUCAUGUCAAUUCCGAAUCUCGAGUCUUAGCUUUGAGCAUUUGUCGAAAUGGACUUGGGCCCAAUACAGAAGAAUCAGAUUUUUACUGGAAUCCAAACACAGACACCAUCUACUUCCCUCCGUCAGCUUCUUGGACAAGCGGCACUCUGGAACAAUAUUUGUUCAAGGAAAAGGUUCCUGAUUCAUAUCGAAAUAGUGGGAUUGUGCCUGUAGUUCAACAUGUUGCAUUCCCACUAAAUGUAUGGCUGGCCCAAGGUCUUUAUCUAGAACCAUUAUCGACCUGCUGGCUCUUAGACUGGCUGCACAAAUUCCCCUCCCUUCAAUCUCUCACCCUCCUCAUCGAACCCUUCGACCAAUGGCUUGGUCUCCCCAAUACCUCGAUAGUCUACCACGAACCUCUCGAUAAUUCCAUGCAGCAAUUGCUGCAUCACAAACCCUCUCAAAUCACCACACUGGUCGAGAAAGCCCUGCAAGAAUACAGAAACUCGCAUGAUCCUAGCUGGAUCCCACCGGUUGUUGAGGUCCUAGUGCUGGGUAUGAAGAAAUUCAAGACGAGCAGUGGCUGUAUAGCUCGUAGAACGAAUUUGGAUAGAGAGGAUGUUACGGGGUUGUAUGAGAUUGGGAUUUCGAGGGUGGAGAAGAUGGCAAGACGAUUGGCUAAUAGGUGGCCGGCGGAGAUUCAUGCCGUGGAGCAGUGGAGUUUUAUGGGUCGGUUGGGCGAAGAAGAGGGGUUUUGA